CCAAUGUCAACGUCAAGUGUUCACUGUUCUGUCAGUGUCAACUGUCAAAUGAGACGCUGGACGGCAAAUAAAAUAAACACGUGUUUUUCUUUUUUCGUUGUUGCAAUAAAUAAUUUUUGGAGAUAAUAAAAUUAAAAUGGGUGUAAUUCAAAGAAUAAAAAAACCUACGACUCGUAAAGGCAAAAAAGUUUUACUGUCCAGAGAACCGAAGGCAAUUGAAGGGCCAAAACAAUGCAUUUUCCUUCAAGCUCGGAAUCCGUCAGAGAGGGCAAGGAACGUGCUAAAAGACAUCUACAAUUUAAAGAAACCUGAUGCUGCUUAUCUCAGCAGGAAGAAUGAUUUUGUUCCGUUUGAAGACGCGACUCUCAUUGAGAAAUUAUGCUACAAAAAGGAAGCAUCACUAUUUGGUGUCAGCUCACACAGCAAGAAAAGACCACACAAUGUAGUAUUGGGGCGCACAUUUGACUAUAAUAUAUUAGAUAUGAUAGAACUUGGUGUGGAUAGCUUUAAAGCUAUGUCCGAGUUUCACAAUAUAAAAGUGUUAACUGGUAUUAAACCAUGCUUGCUGUUCAAUGGCCCUGCGUGGCUUUUAAACCAGGAUUUGAAGAGAUUGAAGAAUGUGCUUACAGAUUUCUUUCAUCGAGAUAAGGUGGAAACAAUAAGGCUACAAGGUUUGGAGCAUGUGUUGAGUUUCACCGCAACUGACGACGGCACCAUUUAUCUACGAUCCUACAGAAUACUUUUAAAGAAAAGUGGUCAGCGAACACCUAGGGUUGAACUGGAGGAGAUUGGUCCAUCAAUAGACUUCAAACUACGUCGUACGAUGCUGGCCUCUGACGACUUGUGCAUCGAAGCAUGCAAAGUACCCAAAGAGCUCAAACCGAUCGCUAAGAAGAACCGAUCGACGGACGCAUUCGGUACCAAACUGGGUCGCAUCCAUAUGGGCAAACAGGACAUUAACAGACUACAGACAAGGAAGAUGAAGGGUCUUAGGAAAAGUGCUGAGGAGAAAAAACAGAUGUUGUUGAAGAAAAAACUUGCCAAGAAAACAGCGAAACAAGCUACCGCAAGUGCAUAAUGAAUAAAUAUUUUCUUUUUGGUAAA